UGGGCAAUAUUAAAAGGAGACUAUUGGAUUUUAUUUUAUUGGAUUUUAUUGCACAGUUUUCCAGGAUAACCGCACAGAUACCCUUGGCACAAUUUAUUUUUAUAUAUAAAAAUAAAGUGUCGGUGAAUAAUGUCGCUGUUGGUUUUUAAACCUUUUGGGGGAGGGCGUUAUUUCAAUGUUGUCAGUUGCACAGAAGGGCCUGUACUCGCCACACUUGCGCUCUCUUUCUCAGACGCGUUUAUUGAGCGGGGGCGGGGGCACAACAGACGGCGUCGGUGUGGGCGCAGGAGCGCGCAAAGCGCGGAGCAAGGGCCCCCGGUGCCUGGGGCAGAGAACGAACAACGGGGCGGCUGCUCCCCUGGCCGGGCCGUUGAAACGUGCGCGCGCUCCCAGUGGCAGCCGCCGGUGGCUUCCGUUAAAGCCGUUACUCGCUGCACGUGCUGGGGGGGGCUGCCUGAGAAGUAAGAAAGGGUGGGGGGGAUGGGCAGACGCGAGCCGACCCCAUCAGCGCGAACCGGGCACCCGCCACCCUCCUUCGCCACGUGCCUGCCCGCGCAUCCUUCUCACCUGCGCAUUUGCUGCGCAGCCAGCGCGGGGCGGUAGGAGGCGCUUCGCUGCCGCAGGGAGAGGCGGACUUGAGUCCGGGAGCGGAGCGGGGCCGUGAUCCCAGCAGCAGCUGAAAAUCCAACCAGCGACUCUCCCGUGAGCCGUGCAAGCAGAAACAUCCUUUCAGAAUGACAGAGAACCAACCACACAGCAGUAUUCAGAUAUCAGAACCAAGUACCAAUGGCUUCCCCUUGAGAAAACUGUCCUCUAUAGAAAAGAGAAAGUUUCCUGCAGAAGCCACUGUGACCUUUCACAACAUCUGCUACAGAGUGAAAGUGAAGAGUGGCUUUUUAUAUUGUCAAAGAGCUGUUCUUAAACAAAUUUUGAAAGAUAUCAAUGGGAUUAUGAGACCCGGUCUUAAUGCAAUUUUGGGACCCACUGGCAGUGGCAAAUCUUCGCUAUUGGAUAUCUUAGCUGCAAGGAAAGAUCCUCACGGGCUCUCUGGAGAGAUUUUGAUAAAUGGAGCUCCACGGCCUGCCAAUUUUAAAUGCAUCUCUGGAUAUGUGGUACAGAAUGAUGUGGUUAUGGGGACCCUGACAGUGAGAGAAAAUUUUGAGUUCUCAGCUGCACUCCGAUUGCCGAGUACCGUGUCUGAACAGGAAAAGAAGGAAAGAGUGAACCAAAUCAUCAGGGAACUGGGUUUGGCCAAAGUGGCAGAUUCCAAGGUUGGCACCCAGUUUAUUCGUGGUGUAUCUGGGGGAGAGAGAAAACGGACCAAUAUUGGAAUGGAACUCAUUACUGACCCUGCAGUCUUGUUCUUAGAUGAACCAACUACUGGAUUAGAUGCCAGCACUGCCAAUGCUGUCUUGCUGCUCCUGAAAAGGAUGUCAAGUCAGGGGAAAACAAUAAUCUUUUCACUCCAUCAGCCCCGGUACUCCAUAUUCAGAUUGUUUGAUAGCCUGACGUUACUGGCUGCAGGAAGCCUGUUGUACCAUGGCCCUGCUCGGAAUGCUCUGCAGUACUUCAAAUCUAUUGGUGAGCUUUCAAAGGGAGCUCAAGUCACAAUGGUGGUCUUCCAGCACAUUGUAUUGAUGUUGGCCUCUAGCCUUCCAGCACAUUCUAUUGAUUUUGACCCAGAUUCUCAAAGGUAAUUAGGCACCUAACUCCCAUUGAUCUCAGUGGAAGUUAGGCACCUAAAUACUUUUGAGGAUCUGGGCCCUACUGUAUAAGUAAGGAAUGAAUGACAUCUUGUUUAACAAUGUAUUCAGUAUUAAAAAAAAAAGUAGCAAAUAUCAUUUAUUUAAG